AUGCCAGCAGACAGGGAGUCCGACGAGGUGGAUACCAUCAAAGGAGAUAAGUAUGUGUUUCUCGUCUCCAACACAGCUGCAUACGGACGCGUGGCCCGAUUGAUGCUAGACGAUCUUCCCGACAAUCAGAAAGAAGUCUAUUUCUCAAUGGGGGAAGCCAAAAGACUGGAUGCUGAGAUGCUGAAUGUUUGUGACUUCCAGAAUGGCACCUACGUGCACAUCGCCUCGGAUAAUCGUGGUUUGGAUGACAUCGGUGAGGUCGUCGGUUAUAAUGGGGAUGAAGGGAAAAUCAAGGUAGAUUUUCAAGGAACUGAAGUUCUGUCAGAUGGCCGAGACCUACUCCGCUGCGAUUUCCAACGUGGCACUUAUGUAUUCUGGCAAAAGUCAGAUGAGGACAUCAGUAUCGACCAUAUCGGCGUCGUGGUUGAGCUGCGCGAUUCGGGAAGACUGCGGGUGAAGUUUCCCAAAGGGACAUGGAGUUUCAAGCCUGCAGAGCUCAUCAAAUCCCAGGUCCAACCUGGCAAAUGCGUCAGGUGGACAAAGCAGGAUGAGGACGUGGAUGAAGGCGAGCUCGGAACGGUGAUCGAAGAGCCCAACGAAGAAGGCCGAAUCAAGGUCCAAUUCUACUCUGGUACCUGGAGGUUCAAAAUUCAGGAGCUCAAUACCUUCAACGUUCAAAUUGGGACCUUCGUAACCUACUGUGGUGAACCUAUGGAGGGCCUGCCAGAAGGCCAUAUCGGUGUCGUGACCAGCUUGCUCCAUGACCGACACGGCUUCCACGUGCGCUUCCCGAGCGGGAAGGGCCGAUGCUACUGGCACAAUCUGAUGGUGUGCUACUUUCAGCCAGGUGACUACAUCUAUCUCGAGGAUGGGCAGCUAGGAGAAGUGAUUCGGAUCGUCGGUGACAACCAGCUCUUGGUCUCUGGUGGCCUUGGUGAAGGAUACCAGAAGGUAAAUCCUGCCACAGCCGAGAAGCUCCCGUUCCAGAAAGGCGACUUCGUUCAGGUGACCAAUCCUUCCAAGUGGACUAACUCGGAGAUCAACGAGAAGGAGGUGGGAAGGGUCAUCGGAAUUGGCCUCGACCGGGAGAGGGGCUCGAAGGACUUGAUUGUCCAGUUCCCCACCAUCGGCGGUUUUGCCACCGAAGAGAACAACGGUUCGAGGGGGUGGGGUCUCUUCUCAGCGCUAGGCGGUAUGGAACGCCCGCGGAAUUACUUUAUACCAGAACACUUGAAGAAGAUGGAAAGCGAGACGCUGAAGGUCAAAGGCGAGGACGGUAUCAGAGCGGUGAAGAAGCUCUUCAAAGCGCAUGACACAAACGGGGACGGGAGGCUGUCCGUCGACGAGCUGGCAUCUGUUUUGUCUGCCGUUCGCCGUGACUGCGAUGGAAUAUCAGAUGACGAGUGCCAGCAGCUCUUCAGUGCUCUCGACAAGGACGGAAAUGCGAAGCUUUCGACAGACGAGUUUCUGGAUUAUAUUUUUGGCACAGGCACUGACUUCGGCAGCAACAUCUAG